AUGGGAACAGGCGGUGUAUUCAUAGUAGUUGUCGAUGAAGAAUCCAAAUCAAGAGAAUUCUUAGGCGAUCUGCUAGAAAACAUCCAGCGAAAAAGAACUGUGGCUGUCGAAGAUUCCUUGCCAGAUGACGGAACUAAUCCUUUUAUAGAAAGUUUCCUGUGUCUUCUUACCGAUGAAGCGGAAGAUUUAGAUUCAGAAGUAACUGAUGACGGAGGUGAAGGAUUUAG